AUGGACACCCUCUUCGUGCUCGGCCACGAGUCCCGGCUGCGCAUCCUCCAGCAGGCAGCGUCGCGCGUCCCCGGCUGCGCCUACCUCUGCGCCUGGGCCGCCGUCCCUGCCCAGCCCCUCCACCAAGCUUCGUCUUCUUCUUCCUCUACCUCGGCUGCUGCUGCCACCAGCGCCCGCCUGCUGCUGUGCUGCCUCGACGCAUGGCUCUGCGACGGCGGUGACCGGCGGCCCAGCCUCGGUGACGACGACGCCCGCCGCCUGCGCGCUCUCUUCGACGCCUACCGGGGCUCGCUCUGCACACCCAUCGCCGGGUGCGUGCCGGGGUGGGCGUACAAGGACGGCCGCUCGUACAUGGAGCUGCCGGCGCACGACCUCACAACCUCAGCAUCGCUGCCAAUGCAGCAGCAGUUCUAUCAGGAAGCUGGCAUCAAGAUGGCGGCGUUCAUGGGAUGCGAGAGUGGCGAGAUCGAGAUCGGCAUGUCGACGGCGGCAAGUAGCGGCGGAUCGCCGAUGAGCCUGGAAUCCACCUUGCAUCAGGUGUUCUCGGAGGACUUCUUCCAGCAGUCGCUGCUCGAGGAGCUGCUCCAGCUGCCACCCACGCGGCCAUCGUCGCCGUCGUCCUCUGUGCCGUCCGUCUCCGUGGGCAGCCCGCCUGCGGCCGAUGUGAUCUCGACGUCGCUCCAACGCACGGUGGCCGUGACGCCGGCGCCGUCCUCCGUAGGGCGACAUCAGGCGCCGCCGCCAGUGGCACGGCCGCCUCCUCCGCCCCACCCGCGCCCGCCGCCUCUCCCCUUCGUCCGGCACGGCGGCCCCGGCCACGUCUGUUUCCCGAGCGCCGAAGCCGACGACGCCGCGAUGGCGCAGGCCAUGCUCGACGUCAUCUCCGCCUCGUCUUCCUCGGCGCUGCCGACUCCGCCGUCCACGGCACCGCCGCCUCCUCCGGGAAACCACCACCGCGCGCGGCGGCGAUGGACGGCGGCGACGGCGUUCCGGGCGUACAACGCGGCGCUGGCGCCCAGGACGCCGUGGCGGCCGCCCGGCGCGCCAGCAGGGCAGCGCAUGAUCAAGAUGGGCAUCUCCAUCCUGAGGAGGAUGCACAUGCUCAGGUUCAGCCGGGAGCGCACCGCUGGUGGCACCACGACCACGACGAUGGUGCAGCGGGGCCAGGAGGGAGACGAUGACCCGUCGUCGCCGGCGGUGCCAUCGAGCAGCCAGCUCAACCAUAUGAUAUCAGAGCGGCGGCGCCGGGAGAGGCUCAACGAGAGCUUCGAGGCGCUUAGAGGCUUGCUCCCGCCGGGAUCAAAGAAAGACAAGGCUACCGUGCUGGCCAAGACGCUGGACUACAUGAACAUUCUGGUAGCCCAAAUAGCCGACCUGGAGGCGAGGAACCGGAGCCUGGAGAGCCGAGCUCACCACCACCACCAUCGCCACGCCAAUGGCGGCUCGUCGUCGUUGGAGCAACGGGUAGUGGUUCUGCAGCAGGGCCUGAUGAGCGGCACCGGCACGUCGUCGUCGGAGAGGGUGCAGGUCCACGUGACCACCGCCGGCGACGACAGCGGCGCGUCGACCUCGUCUUCGCCAGCAGCAGGCCGCCGGGAGGUGGUGACCGUGCGUGUGCACGCGCGGGCGGCGCAGGGCGACGUGGCGGAGCUGGUGGCCCGCGCGCUGGCCGUCAUCAAGGACAUGGGGUGCUUCACGGUGGUGGCCGUCGACGCUGCCGGCCGGCCCAGCGACGCCGGCGGUGGUAGUCAUGUUGCUGAGGCCACCUUCACGCUGCGAGCAACGGCGGGCGAGUUCGAUGCGGCGUCGCUGAGGGAGGCUGUGGUCAAAGCUGCCGAGGAUUCCGCGACACCACCGUCGAACGAUUCGUAG